AUGUCAGACGUUGCAUGGGAAAAGAUGAUGACAGCAGUCAUUGCGUUUACAACCAAUCUGUCAUGUAUUCCUUUAGGUGUGAUGUGUGUUAAAAGAGGACAUGCCUAUGAAGCGGUAGUUGGUGUUGCUUGUGCCAUAUCAUCGAUGAUGUAUCACAUUGGUGAGAUCUAUGAAAAGACAUGGUGGUUUGAGCUGUCUGGUCUAAAUGCGGAUAAGUGGCAUCGUUUAGAUAAUAUAUUCACAAUCCUUGCUUUUCAAGCAAUGAUGUUCUACCUCAUGGAAUACAAUCAUCCACAAAUAGUAGAUCUACUUCGUUGGAUAUUCUUGGUGUUUACAUUAUAUUGUCAAAUGAUAAACCCUUGGAAUCUAGCAUUCACUAUUCUACCGAUCGUAUCGUCAUUGUUCCUCUUAAUAUGCACCCAUAUCUACAAAAAGAAAAUACCAGAGUGGAUCAAGAAUAGGUACUUCCUAUACGGAAUUGGUUCUUUAGGUAUUGCCGCAUUUUUCUUUGCUCGUGGAUUGGAUGACGAAAAUGAUUAUCUUCGUAUUAAUCAUGGAAUAUGGCAUUUAUUAGUUGGAUUUGCUUUUUACUUUAUCUUCCAAUCACGUGAUAAAAUUACAAAAUCUCAUCUUUAUUGUAAAAUUAAUUUAUCUUCUUAUAAUACAUAUUGUAGAGGGAUGAGAAACUUUGUUAGAACAACUAAACAAUGGAGAUCAUUCUUCAUAAUUAGUUGCUUUCUUGGAUUAUUAGCACCUACAUUUUUUAUCACAGCAUUUGCAUUUUUAGAUCCAUCGAUUAUAAUAGUUCAAGUACCAUUAUUAGAAAGGUAUAAUAAUGCAGUAAAUAUGUGGAAUAAUAGAUUUAGACAAGAAUUUUCAAAACAACAAUACUUUGUCAAUGUGACUAUCAGCACAAAUAUAGAUCAAGCACAAAAAUAUAACUUUAUUCCUUCAGUCUAUACAGAAUAUAUACCUUUACCAUCGAAAAACCCACUUUUACCCUAUAAACCAUUGUAUUUCUUAUGUAACAUAUCCUCGAUCAUACCUUCAAUUCCAUAUGACUCACCAUCAGUACCAACAUUAACUUUUUCAUUGUACAGCUUUAAUACCAAAACAUUUUUACCACAACUUAUUUUAACAACAACAGUAGAUCUCAUAAACGAUUAUGGUUCAAAACUAUCAAAUAAUAGUAAUAGUAAUAAUAAUAUAAAUAAUAAUAAUAACAAUAAUAAUCAUAGUGAAUCUCUAAAUAAUUCUUUAUUAGGACCUAAAAAGAAAUUUAGUGGAGGAUGUUAUGUUAUUAAUAAUGCUGCAGUUGCUCAAACCUAUAUUACAGUUACAAAGAACAAUCCAGUUAUAUUUAGAGAUACAAUUAUAAAGAUAAAAGCAAAUAGAGAUCCUUGGAUAGUUGCUGGUGAUUUAACAAAGGGAACCUAUACAUUUGGAAUGUCAAGAGAUACACAACAAACAUUGGGAACUAUAUUUUUAAUUUUCGGAGCAGCAUUAACAUUUGUUUUAGUUUGCAUUGCACUAAUGUUAUUGAGAAAAAGAGUUUUUCUUGGUUUAUAUCGACACCGAAAUGAUUUAGAUGGUAGCUCUAUUGAAGAUAUUAAUGACAUUCCAAUGAAUAAUAUUAGCAACAAUAAUAAUAAUAAUAAUAAUAAUAAUAACAAUAGUAGCAAUAAUAAUAAUAAUAAUAAUAAUAACAAUAAUAAUAAUAAUAAUAGCAGCAAUAAUAUGGUUAAUAACACCAAUAGCAAUAUCUUGGCAACAAACAGCCGAGCUCAAAGUUUCAAUCUUGAUUCAUUACCAUUCACACGUGAAAGACCAAUAGAUAGGUCAUUAUCAGAUGGUAGAUCUUCAAUUGAAAAUGAACCUUAA